GCCAAGUACGGUCACCCCAGGUGAAGAGGUGUUCUAUCAUCAGGCCAGCCGGUGCCAAUGGACUCAACAGCGUGCCCCACCUCCGACUCCUCCGGACUUUACCACUUCCCACCAUCGAGGCUCUAACACCGCUUUCAUGACUCCUUCGCCGACCCCGAGAAACGGCUUUCCGGAUCAAUCUGACGGAAUUCAUAAUCUUACUCGUAGUUCGACUCAGGAUUCUUUCGAAAAUCCAAGUAACCACUUUGAUGGUUCACACUUGGUUCACACUCCUCACAUGAUGAAUCAAGGACUCAGUCGUCAAAAUCCUGAUAAUCUUUCGUUUGGAUCUUUGGAUUCUCAAGUCGCGGGUCAUGAAAAUUCUCAACAACUUUUUGUUUUGGAAUCUGAAAGUUCUCACCACAACACCAACAACCGUCGUGGACAAUCUUUCGAAUCCUUUGGAGCCCCGUCCCCAAUCCAUAUGUCUAAUCAAAGUAUUGACCACCCUGGCGAAGACGACGACGACGACGACGGCCGCACUAACAUGCCUUGGGAGCCGUUAGAUGAUACUCCUAAAGACGAUGAAGAAGAAGACGCUGAAGAAGAGCCUGAGGAAUGGCAUGACAUGAUGCUCAAGUUCGUCGUUCAUUCACGACAAGGCGUGGAUCCGACUCGAGGACCCACGGUAGCUAAAAAUCGCGCUCCGAAGAUGUAUAAGCACACCUUCAAGGCCCGCAAAUUUCGUAUGGAUCUGAACAAUACUUCAUUCUCCGACUUGAAGGCUCGCCUCUUCGAACUAUCUGACCAAAUGGGCAAGAACUCCGAGGGUAACAGUUUCAUAUUUAAAGCCGCCGAUUCUACCAACUCGGUCCGGAUUUACGCCUAUAUCAAUACUCACGACAUCUACAACAAAGCGGCAGAGAUUGAAAUUGAUAGCGACGGCGAUUUGCAGUUGUUUUACACAGCGGUUUUGAAUAACCCAAAAAAGGUUGCAGGCUUUGAUACAGAAAUGGAAGACCCAAGUAAGAAAAAAUUGGAGGCCGAACGGCUUCUUUCUAUUGGUCAACACCAAUUACAGGCAAAGAACAUUACCGACAAUGUUGCUACCACCAAUUCUGACCUAGCUCACUCUGCCCCUAUCGACCCGGUCGACACCGCGUUGGCAGCAUUAAUGCUAAAGUAUAGCACUGCCAACAACAACAAUGCGGAAGGAUGGCGAGUUUAUAAGCAUGACGAUGUUACCAAAGUCAUGCCUAUGAACUUCCAGCUUUUGGGCAUUUGGGCUGAGCAAAUGGUUGCGAAACCGGCCGAGGUGACCCUCGAAGUACCCCCCAAGGUCGAAGGAUUUGAGUGGACUGAUCUCAAAAAGCCGGUAUCUAUGCAAACGCCCCUCACGACUAGCAAACCGAUGAGCAAGCCAGUUUCACCCAUCACCAUUGGGACUAUUUCCGAAGCACAAGGCUACGAGAUAGUAGUUGAUAUAUAUGACCUCGAGCGAAUUCGGUGCUACGCGACCAUGGAAGAUUACAUGGGCUUUUGCGCUGUCAGAGUCCAGAGCAGUGACGAGGCAUCCUUCCCCCCCAAAAUCUUUGUAACUCGCUUACCAACCUAUUGCUUGUUGAUCAAACAUGAAGAAGACCCCUUGUUCCCCAUAUAUCUUUCAAAUUGUCAUAUACGAACUUAUGUUUUCCAUUUCAAUACACUUAAUGAAAAGUCAUUUGACCCAAAAAAAGGCAAGUUUUUAAACUCGCAAAAUUAUGUCACAUUUUAUUUGGCCUUGCUAGCUACAAUAGCCUUCUUAACAACAAUUUCAUAUGACUUAUUUUGUAAUAACAACAAUCUGUUUAGGCAAAUCUCGGCUCAAAUUUCAUACGACUUAUUUUGUAAUAACAUUAAUCUGUUGAAGCUAUUCUCGGCUCAGGUUUAG